CUUGUCAAAGGACCAAACUUGAGACGGAGGUUCGGUUUCAAACUUCCACUUCCUAUACGCUCACUUUUUCUCAGACAAAAGAAAAUAAUUAAAAAAUGGCAAAGACUCUUUUUCUGGUGGCAUCUUUGCUGCUUUUGGGGAAUGUUUCUUUUCUGCGUGCCUCAUUUCCACCCAGCCUUAUUGAAGACUUGGCAAAAAUCGUCAUGAACAACUACUGCUCACCAGAGAAGCUGGUGGGGAUGAAGGAGGACAUUGAAGCAGCCACAAGCAACACUGAAGUACUCAACAUCCCAGACGGCGAAUUACUGGCUGGCGUCCUAAGCAAUGGAGUCCAAACCACAGUGAGCGAUCCACGGCUGAUGGUCUCCUAUGAGCCAAACUAUAUUCCUGCGGUUCACCCGGAGAUGCCUCCGCUGCCCCCUGAGCAGCUUGUUACUAUUAUCCAGACAUCCAUCAAGCUGGACAUCCUGGAAAAUAACAUUGGCUACCUGAGAAUUGAUCACAUCCUUGGAGAAGAGGUUGCUGAGAAGGUUGGUCCUUUGCUUGUAGACCUUGUCUGGAAUAAAAUCUUGCCCACCUCAGCUCUGAUCUUUGACCUACGCUACACUAUUAGCGGGGACAUCUCUGGCAUCCCUUACAUAGUCUCUUACUUUACCGAAGCCGAGCCUGUGAUUCACAUUGACAGCAUAUAUGACCGACCCUCGAACACCACCACCAAGCUGAUGUCUAUGUCUACUCUGUUGGGAGAGAGAUACAGUAUGACCAAGCCUCUGAUUAUACUCACUAGCAAAAACACAAAGGGCAUCUCUGAAGAUGUUGCCUAUUGCCUCCAGAGCCUGAAGAGAGCCACCAUUGUUGGUGAGAAGACCGCUGGGGGCUCAGUGAAAGUCGAUAAAAUAAAAGUGGCCGACACUGACUUCUACGUUACCGUGCCUACCGCAAAGUCCAUCAACCCCAUUACAGGCUCAACCUGGGAGCUGACAGGUGUGAGCCCAGAUGUGGACGUCGACGCAGAAGAUGCCCUUGCUACUGCAAUCAGGAUCGUUAACCUCCGAGCUCAAGUUCCAGGAAUCAUUGAGGAAUCAGCCAGCUUGAUUGCCAACAAUUACGCCUUUGAGAGUGUUGGAGCAGAUGUUGCAGAGAAGCUGAGAGAGCUUCUGGCAAAUGGAGAAUUCAGCAGCGUUGUUUGUAAAGAAGGUCUGGAGACAAAGCUGUCAACUGACCUCAGGACCCUUUCCGGUGACAAGAGUCUGAAGACCACCGCCAACACCCCAGCCCUACCACCAAUGGAAUAUUCUCCAGAGAUGUACAUUGAGCUGAUCAAAAUCUCCUUCCACACUGAUGUGUUCGAAAACAACAUCGGCUAUCUCCGAUUUGACAUGUUUGGAGACUUUGAAGAAGUCAAGCCGAUUGCCCAGAUUAUUGUGGAGCACAUCUGGAACAAAGUUGUGAACACAAACGCUAUGAUCAUUGACCUCAGGAACAACCUUGGUGGCCCGACAACAGCCAUCGCGGGUUUCUGCUCUUACUUCUUCGAUGGGGACAAGGAGGUUCUUCUGGACAAACUCUACGACAGACCAUCUGGAACCACAACUGAGCUCCGAACUCUGGACGAACUUACUGGUGUAAGGUAUGGCUCCAAGAAAAGCCUCAUCAUCUUGACCAGCAAGGCUACGGCGGGUGCCGCAGAGGAGUUUGUUUACAUCAUGAAAAAGCUGGGCCGCGCCAUGAUUAUUGGCGAGACCACUGCCGGGGGUUCCCACCCACCGAAGGUCUUCCCUGUUGGUGAGAGCAACAUCUUCCUCAGCAUCCCCACGGUCCACUCUGAGACUUCGGCCGCGCCAGCUUGGGAGGGAGUGGGUGUCACGCCACACAUCCCCGCCGCGGCUGAUGCUGCCCUGGAGGUCGCCAAGGGCAUCUUUAACAAGCACAUGGGAGGCCAGCAGUAAGCAGCGGUGCUGUGGAGAGCUCUGGUUCCCCUUGGCAACGAAUUCUGGGCUUGUUUGUGAGAACGAUGUAGGUCAGAGUAUGCCGUUCCUAAGUCUCAAAAUACUUAAACCUUAUUGUUUUCUGCAAUUUAGAGGUUCAGUGGUACGUAGGGUAAUGACGGCUGCUUCCGCAAAAUGAGUGGAAGUGGAAAAACUAUUGUAAUUCUUGUGUCAACGUGAGUCUUACUGCAUGUUUGAGUGCGUAAGUGGGUAUAAUAUGCCUUCAACGUUUGCUUUUCUUGUGUUACGCUGUGCGCUUGGUAUGCCAGGUUUGAAAAACAGUCAUUUUGAACAUCUAACGUCUCCACAUGUGCAGUCGUAACUGUGGAUGUAAAAUGAUGUUUGUCCUAAAUUUCAUGUCAUCUGGACCUACUUGGGUUGUAUCAAUUCCAGGGGUAAGACUCAAUAAAGAUGGUUCAUAAGUG